AUGGCUCCCGGCGGAAUCAGGGUCCUCAACGUUGCCGAGAAGCCUUCUGUGGCCCGAGAGAUUACUAGCCAACUCGGUGGUGGAGGAGUUUCGCGUCGGAACAGUCAUGGAAUCCCGGUCACCGAGUUUCCCUUCACACUACGGCAGACGCAAUGCCGCAUGGUCGUCACAGCCGUCCGGGGACACCUGCUUGAAACGCAGUUUCCACCAGAAUACAGUGUGUGGAAAGCACACAACCCCUCCAUCCUCUUCCAGGUGCCGGUCCAGCGAAAAGCACCCGCCGACAACAAGAACCUGGAGCUCAUGCUCACCGACCUGGCGCGGCAGUGCCAGUGGCUCGUGCUGUGGCUGGACUGCGACCGGGAGGGCGAGGCCAUCGCUUUCGAGGUGCUGGAGACGUGCCAGCGAGCAGCAGGCGGCCGGCUGCAGGUCUUCAGGGCAGUUUUCUCGGCACUUACAAGGCAAGAUCUCGUUCGUGCCUGCCAGACCCUGCGAGAUCCGGAUCAGCGGCUGGCAGAUGCAGUCGAGGCACGUCAGCAUUUUGAUCUGCGGGCGGGAUCGGCCUUUACGCGUUGGAUGAGCCUGCGGUACCAGAACAUGUUCCCAGAGCUGUGCCAGCAGCCGCUGAGUUAUGGGCCAUGCCAGUUCCCGACCUUGGGCUUUGUCGUCGAACGAUUUCUGCGCAUUCAGCGGUUCGUGUCCGAGCCCUUCUGGUCCAUCAAGGCUGAGGUGCAGAAGGACGGCCACAGCGUGCGCUUCAACUGGCGUCGGGGCCGCCUCUUCGACCGCUUGGCUGUUCUGGCGCUCUACGAGCUGGUCGUGGAAGAGGCACCUCGGGGGGCCAUUGUCACACGAAUUGCCGAAGAGCCGAAGAGCCGAUGGCGGCCGCUGCCCCUCAACACCGUGCAGAUGACGAAGCUCGCGACCUCCAAACUUCACAUGGCGUCAGCCCGAUGCAUGCAAGUUGCCGAGGAGUUGUACCAAGGAGGCUACAUCUCCUACCCUCGCACUGAGACGGAUCGUUUUCAGAAAACGAUCGAUGUCUUCGGACUGGUGCGGACGCAGGUUCCAUCCAGCGCCUGGGGGAACUUCGCUAGGAGCCUGGUGGACGGGCGCUUUACAGAGCCAAGAGCUGGCUCGAAUGACGACCAUGCCCAUCCACCGAUACACCCGGUUCGCUGUGGUGAGCGUGGCCAAUUCACUGACGAGUCGUGGCGCGUUUACGAGCUCAUCACCCGACACUUUUUGGCAUGUUGUGCCCCCGACGCGCGAGGGAACCGAACAGAGGUGGACAUAUCGAUCGCAGAAGAAGAGUUUGCAACCUCCGGAGAUAUAGUGCUUGACCGCGGCUGGUUGGAUGUUUAUCCUUACUCGAAUUGGGUCAAUGACCCGCUCCCUCAGUUUCGAAACCAGGAGGUGGUGGCCUUCUCGUUGUUGGAGAUGGCGGAAUCCAGGACUCAGGCGCCUCCGCUGCUCAGCGAGGCAGACCUGAUUUCCCUGAUGGAUCGUGAGAAAAUAGGGACGGACGCAACGAUGCAUGACCACAUUCAGAAGAUACAAACCCGGACCUACGCCGUGAAGAAUGCAGAUGGCCGGCUUGAGCCUUCGAGGUUAGGACUCGCCCUGGUUCAGGGCUAUCAGAGGUUUGCGGCCGAAGAAGGCAUGGACCUGUCCAAGCCGAUCCUGCGAGCCAGCAUGGAGCGUGGGAUGGAAGCAGUGGCCGCAGGCCGACAGAGGAAGGAAGACUUCCUACGUGAAGCCUUGGACGUGGCACAGCGAUGCUAUGCUGCUCUGGAGCGCAACGCCCCGGCCUUGGACCAUACACUGGGCCAGCACUUCUCUAGUCAACUGGAUGUGGGGCGACGUGCGCAAGUGGUGCAGGCGGCAUUUUCCAUGUGUCGGUGUGGUGCGAGCAUGGAGCUGCGCCGCCACGUGCCGGGAGGUCCUCCUGGAGGAGGCGGAGCCGUCGGUCGUGGGCGAGCUCGGGGUCGCGGGCGAGCUGGGAGGGCAGGGCGAGGGCGAGGACGAGGCCGAGCUAUCCGUGGUCGUGGGCCCGUGCAGAGGGGCCGAGCUGCUGUGGCUCGACAAGAGCUGUUCCUCGUUUGUCCUAACGGCGCUUGCGGUGUCGUCCUACGCCUCAGCUUGCGCAGUGACCAGACCCCUACAGCGUAUGGACACAUGUGCCCAAUCUGCGACUUCCAAGUCCUGAACAUCAAGAACGAGGAGACGCAGCGCAACCAUCAGCUGUGUCCUCACUGCUUCAACUAUGUCCCUCAAGAUCUUCAUCCCGGUCAGACGGAGCUUCGCUGUUUUCAGUGCGUGCAUCCAAGUUGCAGACUUGCAGCAGGACGUCGAGCUCCAGCUGGAGCUGGAGGUGCUGCUGCGGCUGCUGCACUCAUCGCUGCGGCUUUUUGA